AAUUACUGAGCACUGAGGAGCAUGCCAUCGUACCGUAUGACGCAUUCGUUUAUUAAGCAUAUCAAAAUGAAAGAUUACUUUAGCCAAUUUCUCGGCAAAACGAAUGCAGUCAGAUAAGCCAUGCGGACGGCCGCGGUGGCGUGUAGUACGCCGGCCGUGAUACCACGCGUUACAAGUCCAUAUUCGCGAGCGGGCACCGACUCGUACCCCUGCGGUCCGCCCAGGCAUGGUUCGCGGAUCCGUAUGUUCCUAAUUGUGGCCUACGUCAUAUCAAGUUUAAUUGUCGUGAAAGGCCAACGACUUCUCACUGUAAACCCUUUUGCACGGUCCAUAGUUCCCUCCAAAAUGCACCGGUACCCACAAUCUGUAUGGAAACAUUGUUACGUGUACAGUGCGUGUCCUAAGUGUUGUAUAAACCAUCCACGGCUAGCAACGGGCUCAACCCCUUUCAAAAUCAUACCUGUAUGGGAUUCGACCGUGCCAAUGAAUCGCAAUGGGCAAGUAUGGCCGCUCAGCAAUUACCCCAUGCUGCGAGUAAAUAAGAUUAAUUUGCCAGAACAUUCAGAGCGAAUGGACCAUUAUAGGCUUUUAUCACUUAUGACAUCUACAGUCUCUACCCAUCCACAAAGUGCACAUUCACCGAUUAACAAUUUAUCUCAAACUACAACUGUGACGUUAAACAGCUUAAAUAAAACGAGGGACUCUAUGAUCACUUUCCAGAAGAAUUCUGUUAAACUUGAAAUGAGUUCUAACAAGCCGGGAUCUUAUUUCAACAAAACUUUCAAUGGAAGAAGAAUGAAUGAUGCAAAGAGUAAUGGGGUCACAAAGGCAAAACCAAUAUUGCUUGGGGUCACAAACACAAAGUCAAUGUUGCUGCAAAAUAAAACUGAGCAUGAUUAUGUGCAAAAUGCUGGGAAUGCAUCCACCACUGCCCCACCCAUGGAUGUGGCAACUACACAUUCGGUGCUAAGUUUAAUGCAUUAUCACUAUGGAACAACCCCAACAACUUUAUUUAACACGUCUUCCCACAACAGUAAUAAUUCUGGCCAAGAAAAUAGUCCAACAAGAAGAGACAUUCUUUUUAGAAUAUUUAGGAAAACACUAGAUCGAGUUGAACGUAAGUUUCUAUUGUCGGCGUUCAAUAAGUUGACCGCUAUCAGUCCAGACAAUCGGAAAGAAAAUGGAAUUAGUUUUUUACAAUCGGGGCUUUUCCUAUACCACUUGCUGAUGUCGCUAUCUAUUACAAUGGACCAAAAUGCAAUUCGAGAAAUAGAAGAAUAUAUUGGUUUAAAUAUUUCGGAAGCAGAUAAAAUCGAGAUAUUAGAACGAACAGUAUCAUGGCUUCCAAAAUCCAGCACAGAACUGAAAUUCAGAUGGUCGUCGCGGCUGGUAGUGCAGCGCGCGGCGGCCGGGGACGCGUUCCACAGCGCCGCCGCGCGCGCCCUGCCGCUGCAGCUGAGCUGGCUCGACGGCAACGAAACCACGGCACUACUUACCGAAACCCUUAAUAGUAUGGUGAUGUCAGACUCCGGAGGCAGCAUGCACGACACGUUCUCGGAGGACGAGGUGGAGCCGGGCGUGUGCGCCGCGGCGCUGGGCACGGUGUACCUGCGCGGCACGUGGCGCGCGGCGCCCACGCUGCUCAACGACACGCUGCCCUUCCGCGACGCACCCGACGCGCCCAAGCGCUCUUCGCGCUACUUUCGCCUCAACGACCUCAUGAGCUACUCCUACUUGCACGAAUGGGAGACAGAGGCCAUAGAGAUACCGUACUCUACGCCGGGUCUUACGCUACUGAUACUGGUGCCCAAAGAGCCGUCGCUGCGGCCGCUGGUGGAGCGCGCGGCCGCCGUGGGGCUGGAUGCCGUGGUCGGCGUUAUGCACACCAUGAGGGUAGCCGUCACACUACCGCUCUACACGUUGCGCAUGACUUUAUUGCUGCCUAAUAAACUACAAGAUAUGGGCAUGCAAAGUUUGAUAACGAAUGGAACUAACUGCCAGCCCAUGAGGCUGUCCCAUGCCGUACAGCGGCUCAUGUUCUGGGCAGAGGCCGGUCGAAACGCGUUCAAAGACGAUGGUAUAGAAUGGGACCCGCGCCCUGAAUUGGAAAUUGUCGUAGACCGGCCAUAUCUGUUCUUCGUUCGUUGGGAUAACAUAACUAUUAUGAAUGGAGUAUUCGUACUGUGAUUAGUAUUGGUCGCAGUUGCGUAGCCAAUGAGGAUCAAUGAUCGAUCUCAGGCCGCCGAGCGAUCUUCGUGCUGAGUACCUUACCAUGCACGUGAAAUAAUCAAAAGGAGACGGGAAUUUCGUAUGCCGUGCUAUCCUACACGAUACGUAUGGUCAGGAAAUCAUCAUACUGCACGGCGAAGUGUAGGUACUUGGCAUAAACUGUAAUAGUUGUCAUGCACUACCACUUGCAACGGGAUGGAUAUUGCAAAGAAAGGUCAAAACCACCAUAUCCCUAGUAGCAUUUUCGUUGGGGCCCACGGUGCCAACGGUAGGGAAAACGUUGGGAUGAGGUUCGUUCCGUAGCCAACAUUAAUUUUGUAUUGGCCCACCAUCGCAUUUACCAACAUUCACUGUGGCACAGAUGCCCAACAAUGGGCCUUUGUGUAUUUUGGUACCGUUGGCUAAACAACGAUAAUAUUCGUUGGCCCAAUGAUGACAUAUAUCGCAUUUACCAACAUUGGCAGUGGCAGUGAUGCCCAACAAUGGGCCUUUGUGUAUUUUGCUACCGUUCGCUAAACAACGAUGACAUUCGUUGGCCCAAUGGUGACGAAUACCGCAUCUACCAACAUUGGCUGUGGCACGGAUGCCCAACAAUGGGCCUUUAUGUAUUUUGGUAACGUUGGCUAAUCAACGAUAUCAUCCGAU